AUGUUGCGCUCCGCCAUCUUCCGAUCCUCCCUCGCCGCGCGGUCCGCGAUCCGCCCUGCCGCCGCCAACUCGGCCAGGAGGAUAGCCGCCGUCGCCGUCCCCAGAUCCUCCGCCGCCGCCGCCUUCGCGCCGCGGGCCGCUGCGUGGUCGGGCGUGCGAUGCUUCGCCUCGGCUGGCGGGCUGAACAAGGAGGAGGUCGAGGGGCGGAUCAAGGCUCUGCUGCAGGGCUUCGAUAAGGUCAACGAUGCCAGCAAAAUCUCUUCAACAGCACACUUUGCCAACGACCUUGGCUUGGACAGCCUGGAUACUGUGGAGGUCGUGAUGGCCAUCGAGGAGGAAUUCAGCAUUGAGAUUCCGGACAAGGACGCGGACACCAUCCACAGCGUGGACAAGGCAGUCGAAUACAUCGUCAGCCAGCCCGACGCAAACUAG